CGGAGCAAAAUGCAACAACAACUUUGGCUGCCGAGCGAGUCCUUGCUCUUUAGCUAAUUUAAUCUGCUUCGAGGAUAUGUCUUCAGGUGACAACGUCCUUGUCGUCUUCGCAAUGUUCAAAUGGAUCAUAGUAUGCCUGUGACAUAAGACGUGAAGUUGUUACCAAGUUCCCUCAGCCUUGUUCAGUCUCUGUCAAACAUCAAAACAAGUUUAGCUGUCAUGUUGGAGUAGACACCACCGGAGCUGAGCAGCAGUCAUGCUGGCGACCCAGACGGCAGAGACGGGCCCGGACGCUAAAGAUGUCAAGCAGUGGAUCAAGGCCAAGAUCGCGCAGACCAUCAAGGCGCUGCAGAAGCGCUACGUGACGUCGGACUCGGCGGUGACUAGCGAGGAUGCGGAGGCUAACCUGCUGUGCUGCGCGCUGGAGGCCGUCUUCGUGCACGGCAUCAAGGCCAAGCACCGCGGCGCGCGCAAAGGAGGCGGCGGAGGACGGAGUGGGGGACGCGGAGGCGGAGCACUACCACAGCCCGACUUCUGGGAGCUGCUCAAGACGGUCACUCACAGGAAUGUGAUUCUGGAGUUGGAGAAGCUGAGCUUCAUCAAUUCUGGUGUGGGUCGCUGCAGAGCCUGGGUACGACUGGCGCUGAACGACGGACUGCUGGAGUGCUACCUGGCAUCUCUGCUACGGGAGGACUCCAAGCUCGCUGGCUACUACCAGCAGGGUGCGCUGUUGCUUGAUGCUGAGGAGCGCGAGGUGCUGCUGAGUCUGCUACAGGGACUGGCCUCCCUUUCCUUCCAGCUGUCCUACAAGUCUGCGGUGCUUAAUGAGUGGACGGUCACCCCUCUGGCCCUGGCUGGUCUCUGCCCUCCUCCGGCUGCUGACUCUGUGCUGCCAUCCAGUGGCCACAGGCCGCCUAAACACCCCCACCACCUGAACCACAACCACCACCACCACGACACCAACGGCAAGCGCAAGGAGUCCUGGGAUACGGUGUCCCAGUCCUCGUCUGGGGGAUCCGAUGUCGCCAUAGGAGGGGUUGGCGGCGUGGAGGCGGGAGCAGAGAUGCGCUCGUCCAAUCAGAGCCUGGAUACGACAGGCUCCUCCCAGCUCUCUUCCAGUCUCAGCUCGGACAGCCUGCUGCAGGGCUCGGAGCCCCGCCUACCCGACAGCAGCAGGGAAUCAUGGGACAUUGGCGGUCACGCCACCGACAGCAAGAAGGCCUUCAGAGAAGAGAGCACCACCUCCAGUCAGGACUCUAUGAGGGAGGAUUCGUACGUCUCCAGCCUGGCCGGCGACCAGCUCUCCGAGAACACCGCCUUCAGUAGCCUCGACAACGAUCCGCCACACACACCUGCCCACGACGCGAACCACCCCUCCUCCUCACCCUCUCACACACACAUAACACGCGACGCAGACCAGCACUCGCCCUCUCUCACACACACGCACACGCCUCCCGACACACAGACAACACCGGUCACAGACGUCACACACACAUCAUCAUCAUCACCACCAACUUCUCAUACACACACACAGGACACAGAGGCACGCGUUCCCUCGCCCACACACCCGUCUUCUGACACACACGUGCCAGCCGCCGUCACAGCAGACACGCACAGUCUCGCACACGCCCCUAACACCAACUAUCUCUGCACGUCGACAGUCGCCGACGAGGAUGACUUCUACAACAGCUACACUACCUACCAUCACGAGCACGCUACACACACCACUGCGGAGGGCGCCGCGCCUGUCGCACAACACACUCCCACUAGAGACACACAUACGAGCGCCAGUGUCCCUCUCACUUCGACACCCAGCGCAAUACCAGCAGCGGCCACAGGGGGCGAGGACAAAGAAGUCACAUCAGCGGUGGACGCCUACUUCACACACAUACACACCACCACGCGUACUACACACGCGCAGGGCACACACACGCACGCGAAUACGAAUACACACACGCAGGGCACACUCAACGCGCAUACACAGACGCGGGGUAGUGCCACUCCCGACCUCCAGAGGGAGCUGCCGCAGCAGCAGCAACAAGAGAAGGAGAGCUCUGUUGCGUUGGACCCGGAAGACACGGUGGUGGAGGUUCUAAGGCAGAACCGCAGGGAGAAGAGCCCCAUGAGGCAGCGGAACCGUGGAACGGAACACACCCCAUCGUCAAACGGAACCUCGACCCAACAUGGCAUCACAAAAACUGCAACUCCAGGCACUAAAGAGGACGGAACACCAAACGCCACGGCAACGACCCCUGACCCUGCAAAGGACACGGAGGCGGGGGACAAGCCUGGCCCGCUGACCACCAGUGGGUACCCACGCAGGACGGCCAGCAUCGUCAGCAGGAGACUCUCCACAGACUCACAGCACCCCACUUCCUGGAUCUCGGAGGAUGACUUCUAUAAGCCCGGGGUGUCGGAGGACAGCGUGAGCAAUGGGCCGAGCUUCUUGGAGGCCCCGCCGGCCCAGGUGAACGGCACCACCCUACUGCACACGGCACCAGAGCCGCCCCAGACACCCAGCGUGGUGCAUCGCAGGCAGAUGGGCCUGUCCAACCCGUUCCGCGGGCUCCUGAAGCUGGGCACGCUGUGUAAGCGGGGGGCAGUGGGGAUCUGGUGGGAGGUGCACUGCGAGCUCUCCCCGUUCGAGCUGCGCCUCUACGAGGACCCGGAGGAGCGCGCCGCCUCCGACACCUGCUCCCUGCUGCGCUGCGAGGAGGCCCGUCUCCAUGGCGACGCCGCCGACAGCGCCAACGGACGCUUCCUGCUGGCCUUCGCCGGGGGCAAGAGGCUGCACCUGAGGGCGGGGUCGCGAGGGGAGGCCGAGGACUGGGUGGAGAGGGUGCAGGAGGCCGUGGCCCAGAUACGGCCCCGAGCCGGCCCACGCAACACAGCUGCCAGCGGCAACAGCGGCGCUGUCACCCCCGACGACGACUGGGUGGAGAUCCACGUGUCCGAAGGCUUCCAAUCGUCAUCAACAACCACCCCCUCAUCUGCGACCACGCCCACAUCUAUACCCGGCAGUCCUGACCACACCCCCAAUGGCAACGACCCGGCAACACAAGCCCCACCCCCACCGCCUCCGCUCGAGGAACUAGACUGGACCCGACCCGCCGGUCCGGAACCCGACGCCAUCAAGGAGACCGUGGUGUAUCAGCUGGCCUCCCCCCACCACCAGCACCAGCAUCUCCUCCAGCAGCAGCAGCAGAGGGGGCCCUCGCUGCCUCCCGGAGCCCAGCUGGAGGAGCCCUCGCUGGGCUGGACGCCGCUGCUGCUCUCCCUGUCCCUGGAGGCCCUGCGGGGGUUCCGCUGGCAGGCUUCGUCGUCGGCCUCGGACUUGGCACAGGAGGAGGAGGAGGAGGACGGUGGUGGCGCUGGGCGCAAGGUGCCACUGUUCUGCCACGCCAUCCAGACGAUUCGCGACGUGGUGCCGGACGCGGCUCGGGGCGGGCCCGAGUUCUUCCGCGUGGUGAACUCCAGCGGGGCGGUGCUGACGCUGCGGGCGGAGAGCGGGGAUGAGGCGCGGGUCUGGAGGAUGCUCAUACGAGGAGCGCUGGACGCCUAUCUGGACACGGAGGAGGACGAGGUGGAGGAGGCCACAGCUGCAGGAGCAGAGGGUGUUGGUGGAGGGGCGGGACUUGCACCAGGAAGUGCGCAGCGAUUGGUGCAGCACCGUCUGAAGGGGGAGUUGGCUGCCCUGCUACCGCACCUGUGCACCGUGCCCACCGAGAGAGGACUGGACACACAGGGCUUCAGAUGCGCAGGCUGCAAUAAGCAGAUAGGUUUCUCCAUGGGCAAGGCACGGCGCUGUGAGUUCUCCGCUCAGUACUACUGCGACUCCUGUCACCGCGGAGACGCCAUCGUCAUCCCCUCACGCAUGGUACACAACUGGGACCUCACGCCUCGAGAGGUGUGCAGACAGGUGCUGAAGCUGCUGGGUCAGAUUGAGAGCGAGCCCCUGGUGAACCUUGACCUCCUGAACCCUGACCUCUACGGCCACACGGAGACCAUGGGCACCAUGCGGCUGCUGCGGCAGAAGCUCAGGCUGCUGGGAGACUAUGUCCUACUGUGCAGGAGCGGCAUCAAGGCCAAACUGCAGAGCAAGCUGCAUCAGCGAGGAUACCUGCUGGAAUCUGACCAGCUCUACAGCGUCUUGGACUUACGACAGAUAGCGGAGGGUCAGUACUAUUUCUUCCUGCUGAGCUUGGUCCAGUUGGGUGCUAGUCAUGUGCACGCCUGCAGCCUGUGCACCCAGAGAGGGUUCAUCUGCCAGAUCUGCAACGCAGACGACAUCAUCUUCCCCUUCCAGUUCGAGACCACCAGCAGGUGUAAGGACUGCAAGGCCGUGUUCCACACCUCCUGCAGGGCCGAGAGUGUCGCGUGUCCUCGCUGCGUGCGGCUGCAGAGAUACCUGGAGAGAGACAUGCUCUAGUCAACCCUGAAGGGACCCGCCCGCUACUCGGACCAGACUGGAACCAACCAACACUGCUCUGUGGGUCCCAUUGGGCUUGCCGUACCAGCCUGUGUCUCUGUUCCCUGUGCGUUUCUCGAGCAGCAUCGUCGCUAACUAACGACACGGGGCCUUUCUCUGACCUCUCCUCUGAGGUUGCUCAACCUGCUCCUCACCCCGAUUCUCUUCCUGGAGAGACCCGGAUUGGUCGGACCAGUUUGAACCAACACUGCUCUGUGGGUCCCACUGGGCUUGCCGUACCUGCCCAGUUUGAACCAACACUGCUCUGUGGGUCCCACUGGGCUUGCCGUAGCUGCCUGUGUCUCUGUUCCCUGUGCGUUUCUCGAGCAGCAUCAUCGCUAGCUAACUAACAACACGGGGCCCUUCUCAAUGGCCACCCAAACAGCCACAAGUGCUCUUAUUGGUGCACGCACACAUGCACACUCACACACUGCAUGCAGAAGAUGCACAUUGCUCAUGGUGUUGUUGAACCAUGUGCAGAGGCAGACGAGACUGAACUGUGCUGGUGGCGUGUUUUCUGGGACCAAUGCCUUUUUUUGCACUUUUUUUUGCCCCAGAGAGAGUCCCUUACCCGUAUCCAACCUACUCCCCUACACCUUACAAACACCAUGGCAACCGUGAAGCCCCGACUGUUCAAAUCUGUGUUCCUCUCCUCAGCUCUCUCUGCUCCUCUCCUCUCCUCUCCUCUCCUCUCCUCUUACCCUACUGUCCUCUCAUUCCCAUCCUCUCCUCUCUUCUCCUCUCCUCUUCUCUCCUCUCCUCUCCUCUCCUCUCUUCUCCUCUCCUCUUCUCUCCUCUCCUCUCCUCUCCUCUCCUCUUACCCUACUGUCCUCUCAUUCCCAUCCUCUCCUCUCCUCUUCUCUCCUCUCCUCUUUCUGUCUUCUCAUCCCCAUCCUCUUCUCCCUUGUCCGCUCCUGGGACUCACUGGUUCCACGCCAUCUCAUUACAGCUGAGGGUUGUACUUGCGUGUUACGCAAUGAUACAGGUGACGGCUGUCCCACGGCCACGGCGCAGUCCAG